CUCGUCCUCACCCAAGCGCUUGGUACGGUGCCCCGAGCACGUACGAGCGCUCAAUAAAUACCACUGAAUAAACGGAUGAAUGAACUUCUGCCCCAAAGGGGCGGGUCAUACGUGUAGCAGAGGGGUCAACCCCUUCGGGGAGGGGCUGCAGGGCCGAGCUGGAGGAGGCGGGGCCCCUUUACCUCUCCUCUCCGGCUCCUCUUCUCCCUCCUCUCCUUGGUGGCCGAGGAGCAUCGGAGGGCAGGGAGCAGGGCUCCGAAGAUGCAGAGCCCGCAGAAGGAGCAUCUCUACAAGCUGCUGGUCAUCGGGGACCUGGGCGUAGGCAAGACGAGCAUCAUCAAGCGCUAUGUCCACCAGAACUUUUCCUCGCAUUACCGCGCCACCAUCGGGGUGGACUUUGCGCUGAAAGUCCUGCACUGGGAUGCCGAGACGGUGGUGCGGCUGCAGCUCUGGGAUAUUGCAGGACAGGAAAGAUUUGGGAACAUGACGAGGGUCUAUUACCGCGAAGCCCUGGGGGCAUUCAUCGUCUUCGACGUGACCAGGCCGGCGACGUUCGACGCGGUGACCAAGUGGAAAAGUGACUUGGACUCAAAGUUGACUCUUCCCAGUGGCAAACCGGUGUCCGCGGUCCUGUUGGCCAACAAAUGUGACCAGGGGAGAGAUGUGCUCGUUAACAACGGCCUCAAGAUGGAUCAGUUCUGCAAGGAGAACGGCUUUGUGGGCUGGUUCGAAACGUCAGCGAAGGAAAAUAUAAAUAUUGAUGAAGCUUCCAGAUGCCUAGUGAAACACAUCAUCGCCAACGAGAGCGACCUAAUGCAGUCGGUAGAGACGGAUGUCGUACGACCACACUUGACGCCUCCCAAAGUGAUCGGCUGUUCCAACUGCUCCAAAUCCUAGAUCCGGGGACCUCCGCAGAUCUCACUGAUCCAAGACUUGGGAUAGGAUAUUGGUCAUUCCUUCUGGGUGACGGGAAAUGGGAUUUACACAGAGAGUCCUGAAAGAGAGAAACCAAAGAAUCUUCCUAUUUUGUUAAACAUUGUAAAUCUACCAGCCCAGUGUUUACAGUUUUCCUAUUGUUUAGUCUCUUCUAAAAACCCCUUGUCCUGCUCUAAUCGCCAAGGCACCCCCAAGUAGAAUCAGGCACUGAGCAGACAUCCGUAUCGUGCUGGGCUAAGGAGAAGGGAAGAAGGACCUUGUUUUUUGGGUAAUCUCUUCCAUUUUAAUAUCCUGCUACAAACAGAGCCCCAGCAAUUAUCAUGAUGAAAGCCCAGGACAGGAGACCCUUGCUUGGCUCUUGUUGUUAAUGGUAUUUGUUGAGCGCUUACUAUGUGCAAGGUACCUUACUAAGCACUGGGAUAGAUACAAGGUAAU